AUGGCCAUGGACGAGGGCCUCCUCACGGGCGUGGGCCUCCAGAACCCGCUCCACGGCGGGUCGUCCCUCAACGACGCGCCCCCGAGCAGCCUCGCGGACGCGCCGUCGAAGGGGAGCGUCGUGCGCAAUUUCCUGCUCAUGAGCCUCUGCUUCAGUCUGAACCACGGCACGGUGACCGCGCUCAUCUCGCUCGCGGGCUCGGAGCUCGGCGCGAGCCUCGGCAACACGAGCCUCGGCGUGCUCUACUUCGUCUACACGUUCACGGCGGCCUUCGCGAGCCACAGCGUCGUCGCUCUGUUCGGUGCGAAGCGCACGCUCGUGCUCGGGCUCGCGGUCUACUGUUGCUACGUCGCGAGCUACCUCGUCGCGUACUUCGUCGAAGCGGCCGCGCGGCCCGCGGUCUUGGUCGGCGCGGCGCUCGGCGGCGCCGCCGCGGGCUUCCUCUGGCCGGCCCAGGGCGCCUACUACGCCAAGUGCGCCGAGCGCUACGCGGCGGCCGCGGACGUGACGCGCGAGCAGGCCAACUCGACGCUCGGAUCCUACUUCUCGUGCUGCUACCUCGCGUGCGAGGUGCUCAUGAAGCUCUGCUCGUCGCUGCUGCCCCUGGCCGUGCCCGGGGAGUCGACGAAGAUCCUGUACGUCGUCUACACGGCCGUCGCCUGCGGGUCCGCGUUUUUUAUGUCCUUCGUGGCCGACGUCGACCCGCCGGCGCGCGACGGCGCGCCCGUGAAUUUCGGCAAGACGGCGCUGAGCGCUUUGUCGCUGCUGACGACGGACGCCAAGUGCGCCUGCAUGAUCCCCAUGAACUUCGCCUUUGGCUUCGGCGCGUCGUACCUCAACGGCUACUUCAUGUCGGCCGUCGUCGCGCCGUCCGUCGGCGAGGACAAGAUCGGCUACCUGUCGUCCGUCGUCGUCGGCUCCGCGGCGCUCCUGGCGCUGCCCCUGGGCGCGCUGGGCAAGGCGCUGGGCCGCCAGGCGCCCGUCGUCGCGCUCGGCGCCUGCUGCUUCGGGACCUUCGCGGUCGCGAAUUUGGCGCUCGCGCCGGCGGCGCUCGGGUCCUGGCCCGCGCUCGUGCCGCUCGCGGUCGUCUUCGGCUGCGGCCGGUCGACCUGGGAGACGAACUUCAAGGCGACCUUCGCGGACUACUUCCCGCACGCGAAAGAGGCGGCCUUCGCGAACGUGCAGCUCCAAUCGGGCGUCGCGUCGACGAUCGGCUUCUUCGUCAACCCGCGCAUCACGCCGGACCAGCUCGGCUACGUCGCGCUGACCUGCUCCCUCGCCGCCGUCGGCGCCCAGUUCGCCGCCGCGAAGCUCCACGCCAAGGCCGCCAAGGAGCCGGGCUACGGCGCGCUCCGCGGCGACGCGACGAUGGCCUAG